GCCUACGGAAAUUUACGUAAGCAAAACCCUAAUCUGCCUAAGAUUUACGCGAAUAUUGAAAUGAAAUUUGAUGAGGAAACAGUGGGUACCGAGAUAAGAGGGCCUCGUCCCGGCAUAAUCAUUUCGGAUAAUUCUUAUAACCAAAUCAGCGAGCGAGUAAUUAUUUUACCCUGUUCUCGUACUCUUGCCCCUCUUUAUUCUUUUGAGUUGUUUUUGCCCCAAAUAGUCAAAAAUGUAGAUGGAAAGGUAAUGAUUGACCAAAUACAAAGCAUUGAUAAGGGAAGAAUACAAGGUAAAAUAAGAAGUUUGCGACCGGACGAAAUGAAUAAGAUUAUUGACAAACUACAAAAAAUUUUACCUUUGCGGGAACUGUUAAGAGCCAAACUUUAG